UACAGUCGUUGGGUGGAAUCCACAUAUCUGGAAAAUUCUCUCUGACCCAACGAAAAAUAAAACUUGUACUAAAGUUUAAUGUAGCGUAGCAUAGCCUCCUUUUAAAUUGUGUUGUCUGCCAGCCUUGCAGCUUCAAGGGAAGUGAAGGAACUACAUUACUGCAUCCAGUGACAGUGAAUCCAGUGAAAUAAUGGCUUCUAAAUCUUAUACUUUAUUAUUCUCUGUUCUUAAAUGAAAUCGUAGCCGACACGAUUUUCACGUUUAUGCUAAAUAUAACAGUGAAUAUAUAAAUAUGAUGUAUUACUAUAUCUGAGGGAAAACCCUCCUGUAUGAUAAAGACGUGUGCCUUCAAUGGGAGUUGAUCACAUCCUUUCACAGUCUCAUGUUAAGUCAAGUACAAUUUCGGUGCAGAAAAUGAAUAGGGUUUCUAUUCAACUGCUAUACUCUGAAGAAUACGCUGAAGACUGAAGGUUAUGUCGAGUUAUUUAAAAUCAUUAAGUUGUUGAGCUUGUUAUUGAACGUUACAGCACUAGAGUUUGGUUUAGAUGCAGGCGCAGAACACCGCUGCUUUCACCUCGCCUUACCCUUUUUUUUGCUUCGCUCGCUCUUAAACCAUCAAUCUUCUACUUGUUUCAAGUCUAUUUCUUUUUUCCUUUUUUCACCCUCACCUUUCAUCGCGGCAGGGCUAAAAAGUCUCUCACUGAGGAGGCCGACCACCAGAGGAUUUUUAACUCCUUUGCCUGUCGCGCCGUUGCAGCCCUCGGCAACGGAGAGCUGCGCGUCAACUUGCCCCGGUCGGAGAGCAACGUGACCUUUCUCUCCGACUGCAACCCGCGAACCACGCACAACCCCGUCUACGACGACAACAGUGCCCCCUGCAGUCCUCAUGGCUGUGAGCGAGGGGUGAGUCCUCGGGGAAAAAGGCUUUUCUCCUUUUCUCCCUCCUACUCAGCUGAGUCAGUGCCGGCUCGUAUUCACGAAGGGCUGCAGAGUUACCCUGUGCCAAGGAGACACGCGCUCAUGGACCAGGCCGACUGGGAGCAGCAGAUACUCAGGGGGAUGAGAAUCAGGAGUUCAGACGCACUUGACAUGAGUGGCAGCACGGAGACCAAGUUAUCAGUGAGAGAGCAGGCCAAGCAUUUUGAGCAACAGGCCCAGCAGGAACAAAGCCUCAAGCAGAACAGAGAGUCCCACUGCUCCCUCUCCUCUAUCCUUCUCAGAGACAGAGACAGCAACGAAACGCUGGAGCUGACCCCGGAGACCCUGCUCUCCAUCAUGGAUUACUCCUACAGCCCCACAUCAGUCGGUAGAGACGGGCCCCCCGGCUUUGGAGAGGAGUCGUGGCCCCAACAACCGACUCCACCCGUCCUCAGGAGGUUCAGCACCAGCAUCUCCAGCUACAUGGCAGCACAGCCCUGUCAGAUCACCGUGGAGAUCAUACCCGACCCGCCGGAAAUCCCUGCGCCUCCUCCUCCUCCUCCUCCACAACAGCCACAACCUCCUCAAACAUCUCCUCCCUCCAGUCCACCACCUUCUCCAGCUCCAGCCUCCUCGCUUCCUAAACCACAACCUUCACCUCCGUCCCCUCCUCCUCCUCCUCCUCCUCCUGAACACAAACCACGUGCUCCACUUCCUCCUGACCAUAAACCACGUGCUCCGCCUCCUCCGCCUCCUCUUCCCCCUCCUCCCCCCCCUCCCCCUCCCUCACCUUCUAUCAAUCAGCUGUACCCCGUCCAGUUUGUCCCCACCUCUUUACCGUCCCUGUCUUCGCUUCGGCCCGUCUCGGAGCGAAAGCACCCUCGUCCCCUCGACCCCCCGCAAUCCGACGUUGGGAAAAAGAAGGAGCUCAGAGGAAUCCUGAAAAACCUCCAGAACCUCGCCGACAUCGAGCGGUCGGUCGCCAACCUGUACAGCCAAGUGGACAAGAACUGCAAGGUGCCCACUUUUAACAAGAAGCAGGAAGUGACUGACGAGUUUGAGGAUCCGCAGACGUCUGAUCCGGCGCCAAAAAGGACGAACUCUUCCGUCCAAAUGAAUGCAAACUGUUCCGAGAGUGAAACGAGUGAAGGGAACGCGGCUGCCAAGGUUCAGCCGACGAACCCGGACGGAUCAAAAAGUGCAGAACUUGAUGAUCACCUAUCCUCUCAAUUCACGAUUUUGUGACUUUCUCCUUCAUACUCUCAUUAUUUCCAUUUCUACUUUUCCAUGCCUGUUUCUUUUUCUUUUUCCCGUUAUGUCUUCACACAAGUUGUAGGAUUUUAUACGAGCAUGUACCAGGACAAAGAACAGUGGCUGUGAGACUGCGGCUUUCUACACGUACCUUUGUGUGAAAAUGUAAUUUUAGUGCCACCUGCCAAGUAAUGUGCUCAGUUCAGUCACAGCGACUGUACAAUCUGCUUAUAAGCUUGAAUUAGAACGUUAAAUUGCAUACGCCGGCUGAUUACAGGUUCAUUUGCAAUGUUUAAUGAUCUGAAAUGCAAUUAGAUGCAACAAUAUUGGGAACUAUUCCCCCAGAGUUCACAGAUUAGUCAGAACACCAUGUGAAAAUAUGUGUGAUAUUUAAACUCAUUCUAAUAACAUUAUAAUUUUAUACUCAAAAUUACUUACUAAGCCAAUUUUUUUUUUCUUUUUCUUUUUCUUUCCUGCGGUCUGUGGGUCUGGUUUAAAGCAUUAAAAUGUAAGAUGUUGUUGCUUCGUUGCAUCAAAAUUUUAAAUUAGGCAAAUUUUUAUUAGGCUAAUAAUUUCCUUCAGGAGUGCAUAUUCUGUGAAAUUCAGGAGGGAUGUUGAUGAAACACUUUAAUAAAGUUAUUGCAGUAAUUUAAGCUCAUAUAUGUAACAUUUUUAUUAUUUUAAGGUGUCACAAAUUUAUGGAAAAAACAUACACCGAGAUAUUCUGAGGUAAUAACAGAUCAUGGACAAUAAAAGCACGGACAUCGAUUGGAUAUGUAGGUGAGAUUAUUAUUAUUAUUGAUCAGCAAUAAGGAGACAGGAUUUACACAAAAUAAUCUGCUGUUGAAUGCAGAAGAUCUAGUAUAUUAGAAUUUA